UUCACCUUUCACCCCUCCCCUGUGUAGUGUGGUGGGGAUGAAGAGGCAGUCAGUCCACGGGAGGCGUUAAGAGGGGAAAGGUCCACGAUAAAAGAAGCACGAUGCUGUGACAGAAACACUUGUGGGAACAAACCGACAACAUGUCCCUCAGAAAAAGUUCUUUUGUCCCGGAGGAUUUGGAAAAACCGCGGACAAGGUCUGUGCUUGAAUCAACAGAGAACUGCUUCGAUCCAGAAAACCAUCACCCUCCGUGGCUGCAGGGGCGGCCUGAGAGGCUUUGCAUCGGGGCUCAGCAUCCAGAGCUGAACGGUGUGGCCACGCCAUCACCAGACGCCUGUUCACAGCAUUUCUGCCACUUCACACCCAAGUGUUUCCUUACUGUCCACAGAGGAGCAAAUGGCACGUCCGUCCGGUCUACUCCAUCCCACUUUGGUGAAGACGGAUGGCAUGAGGGGACUACAAAAACCACCAUCAGAGUGGAGAAUGAGGUGGAGGCGCAGAGAGAAGCCAACAACUAUAGGUUUGGCUUCAGAAAGUGGAAGGGAAAUGUUACUGAGAGACCAAUUGAGGAUAGAUCAGAUAUAGUCAAGGAACUGUACACUGACCUGAGCCUUGUCAGACCUCGAGAAGGCUCUGCAAUCACAGUUGGGAACAUAGCUUAUGUGUUUUUAUUUGGUUGGUGGAUUUCGUUGUUCUACAUCCUCAUUUGUCCUCUAAUGUUUCUAACAAUUCUCGGUGCUCCUUAUGGAAAGUUAUGUUUAAAGAUGGCGUUAUACCUUCUUUGGCCAUUCAGGAAGGCAAUUGAGAAGGUCAGUGACGCCGACAAACCGAACAUGAAGCCGACAAACUGUGAGCGCAUUUCAUCCCAGAAAGACGACGAUCUUGUUGGAGACGGGGACUGUGCCCCACUUCUAGUCUCUUCGCCCAUCCUUACAGAGAUCCCUGUCCCGCUUCUGCCGCAGAAAAGAUCAUCAGACUACUGGUGUCGUGUGAGUACCUAUGUCUGGUUGUUAUUGGGUUACCCCGUCCUGGUUGUGGUCCAUUUCCUAGCAUGCGUGCUUUCCUGGCUGCCAGUGUUUUCAAUUCCUGUUGCAAAAAUGAACUUUCGGAUCUUGACUACUGUCCUCCUGAUGGCCCCAGAAGAAGUCCACAUAAAGAAGCAGGAAAUGCAGAACUUUUUGUGUGAGAUCAGAGUUACCCUGUACUGCUGCCAAGCUUUCAACAUGUAUUAUUACAAAUACACCAUCCAAGGAAUCAACAUUUUUGCUCUCAAUCUGUUACCUUUGGUAUUUAUGACUUUAGUCCUCGGCUAUACUGACCAUGAUCAUAUUUAUCUCAAUUCAGAGACCAUGUUUGCCAUAGCCAUCACCUCCAUCAUUCCCCUGUCCUACUACAUUGGCAUGGGAAUAGCUAGCAUUUCUGCUCAGAGUAACUUUGCAGUGGGGGCAGUUGUAAACGCAACAUUUGGCUCCAUCACAGAGAUCACAUUCUACAUCACAGCACUGCUGCGGGGGCACCAUGCUGGCACCAAAUGUUAUGAAGAAAUCGUCAAAGCUGCUCUCACUGGAACACUGCUCGGAUGCAUUUUGUUCAUACCAGGUAUUUGCAUGACCAUAGGGGGCAUCAAGCACAGCGAGCAGCGAUUUAACAGUCGUUCAGCUGGAGUGAGCUCAGCUCUACUCUUUAUAUCUGUUGGAGGUGUAUUUGCUCCCACCCUCUUCUCAAAGACUUUUGGUAAUCUGGUUUGUGAAAGCUGCUCAAAUAUUCCAGGAAAUGCCAGUGUCCUCUUUACCUGCAAAGACUGUCACUAUGAUACGAGCCAAGCUGAUCCUCAUUUGAUCCUGACGCAUAUUGAGCCUCUGGUGUACACCAUCUCUGUCCUGCUGCCUGCCUCAUACUUGAUCGGGCUCAUCUUCACAUUGAAGACCCACUCGCAUAUCUACGACAUCCACAUCAGUGAAGGCCACCCUCAUGGUCAGUAUGUUCAGGAGACUGCCAGCUCCCACAAACCCACUGGUGAGGUCGUCAAUGGCUGUCUGCAACCCACCGGCGUGUGUAUUAAUGCCAGCAUUAAUGACACCACCCACGGUGCAGCAGGAUGUCUGUCAUCAGCAAGUCAUGCUGUUGUGCACUGGUCCCGCUGGAAGGCUCUCGCGGUGUUGAUUGUUGCCACGGCGCUCAUGGCUUGCUGUGCUGACCUUUGCACUGAGAACAUCGAACCCAUCCUGUCUCAUUCCUCCAUCUCUCAGUACUUCAUUGGGGUCACAGUGUUGGCCAUGGUGCCGGAGCUGCCUGAGAUUGUUAAUGGGAUCCAGUUUGCGCUGCAGAAUAAUAUUAGUCUGAGCCUUGAAGUGGGCAGUUGUAUUGCUGUUCAGGUCACAAUGAUCCAGAUUCCACUGCUCAUCCUCUUUAAUGUCUUUUAUGAUGUUGGAUUCAUUCUUGUGUUCAGUGACAUUCAUCUGUGGGCCAGCAUCUUUAGUGUCAUUUUGGUCAACUACAUCUUCAUGGAUGGGAAAUGUGACUACUUCCAGGGCACUGCCCUGGUGGUGGUUUACCUCAUCCUUUUGGCUCUUUACUUCUUUGCUCCUUCUCCACGCUCAUGUUAAUCUGAGUGUCAAGAUUACAGAUCUAUUUUUCUGAAAAUAUUGAAUUAACCGUAUUUUUUUCUGAUUGUCUCAAAAUAUGGGAAACCAGCUGAAUAAGGAAUUGUGUAAAUGUAGUUUGUGGCGUGUUUGGUGGUAUAUUGAGAUUACUUGAAAAUUAUAAUUCUGGUCACUCCUAAUAAAUGAAUAAAUUGAUACAUUUUUCUUUUA